AUGGACGGCGGCGGCGGGGCCUCGCCCGAUGCCACCAUCUGCAUCGCCCCUGGCCCUGGGCCCAUCGUCGCGGUCGCCCCCGCCGGGAUCAGGGUUGAGAACUGCUACGUGUUCAAGAGCCGGCUGCAGGAGUACGCGCAGAAGGCUGGCCUUCCGACCCCGGAGUACCACACCCUCAAGGAAGGCCCGUCCCACGAACCUGUCUUCAAGUCCACGGUGCUGGUGAACAACACCAGGUACGAGUCGCUGCAUGGGUUCUUCAGCCGGAAGGCGGCGGAGCAGUCGGCCGCAGAAGUCGCGCUCAUGGAGAUAGCCAUGUCUGCUCCGGUGGCCGAGACAAGAAGCAUCCCAGCAGUUCAAGAAACUGGCCUGUGCAAGAAUCUUGUUCAGGAGUAUGCUCAGAAGAUGAAUUACGCCAUUCCAUCUUAUAUUUGCACUAAACAAGCUUCAGGUGUAGCUCCUUUCAUAUGCACCGUUGAGAUUGGUGGCAUACAAUACAUUGGUGCUGCAGCUAGAACAAAGAAGGAGGCAGAGAUAAAAGCUGCCCGAACUGCUCUUCUUGCAAUCCAGGGUCAAUCAGAAGGUUGUGCAAAUGGUGCUAAAAAGUACAUUGUUGUUCCUGGACAAAGGCCGGUUAAGGAGACAGAUAAAAAGCCAAUUGAAACCCCCAAACCACUUAAAGUCAAGAAACGUGGUUCCAGAAGGAAAUGGAACAAGAGGAAAAUUAUGGGGAUGGCUGACCAAAUUGUUGACGCUGAAAAGCAUGUAGAGGAGGGGCUUGGAAUGCUUCUACACUAUGACUAUGAGGAAGCUAGAAGAAUAGAAUCUGAGUUAUCUAGAGAUACUGCAAUGGUUCAAUUUAACAAGGAAGUUAUAAUGAUGCAACCUGGUGAGGGAGAUAGGAUAGUACAACCGGAGUCACCCAGAGAUCCUGCAAAGGUCCAACACAACAAUGAAGCUAGAAGUGUUGAACAGGACCCACUCAGCAACACUGAAGUGGUGAUGCCUAACAAUGAAGCUAUAACUAUAGAGCAUGAGUCAGUGAGCGCUUACGUAUCAUUGCAAUCUAAUGGGGAUUCUACAGAUGUGAAGGAGGCACCAAGCAAUGCCUCAUUGAUGCAGGGUGAGGAAUCGGAAACCACAAUGCAAGAAGCACCUCACACUGGUGAACGGGCUCAACCUAACUAG